GGAGGAUGUUGAUGAUUGCUGUUAGAUGGCUGUCGAUGGGAAAAUGAAAAAGUUUUGUCAAAAUGUGUUCAUGUUCCUGAUCAUGGUCACUACAACAUCACUUUUCUUUCUGGCCCUGUUUUCACUUAUGAAGGUAACACAAUCUAGUCAAAGCAACAACACCACCAACUCUACCUCUUCGGAAGAAUGUAACUUGACAGAUAGUUUUGGUUUUCUUAUUCAGUUUCUGCUUGCCACCAUCGCUUUCUCUAUCCUUGUCCUCAAGAGAUACAGGGAACCUAAAUACGAGAGGAGAAGUGUUAUGGUGUGGCUGUUAGACGUUAGUAAACAAGCUAUCGGAGCAGGUUUUAUACAUGUUUUCAACGUUCUGGCUUCCCAGCUCUUCUUCUCAAACCAGGACCCCUGCUCCUUGUAUUUCGUGAAUAUGUUUAUUGACAUGACCAUUGGACUGCUAAUACUGUAUGGUCUGAUAACGUUAUCUAGGUAUUUGUUACGUGAUAGUAGCAAUGCUCAUCUUAAGAGUGGUGAAUACGGCAACCCACCACAGGCUAAAGCUUGGCUGGCUCAAUGUGGAAUUUAUCUCCUGAUAAUGAUAAUUCAGAAGCUUUUAGUGUCUCCCUUGGUCUUGAUACCGUUCUGGACUAAUUUCCGGAAGUUUCUGUUCUCGCCGCUGAAAGGACAUGGAAAGUUGGAGGUGGUCGUCGUAAUGCUCAUUGUCCCGCUCUUUGUCAACGCUUUCAUGUUCUGGGUUCAGUUUAUCCCUGGACGCAAACAAGGCUCGGAGAACCCUAUCCUAAGGAUCAGAUACGUCUUCGACAAGCGAAGUAACGACACCUCCUACUGGAAAUGUUCGGAAUUCCGAAAGGGUUGCAGAGCCCGCAUCCGUACCGUGGACAGACAACUGAUCACUCCUACUCCUGACCACACUCACCCUGUCCACCAUGCUGAAACGACCGUCCACGUCAGCAAACAGAACUUGAAAAGAAAGGCUUCUGGUGGAGAUCAACCGACGAAAUACCUCGUAUCUGAAGCAGUCGGUGGAUUGGGUUACGAAUCUAGAGCAAAAGCUUGGCUGCCAGCUGGUUCAUCCCUCAACAGAAUGGUACAGAGAAGAAGAAAAGCAGCUAACAGACACCCUUCUGAACCCUAG